AUGUCUCAUCUACUAUUUGCCUUACUUUCAUUAUUUUCCUUUGCCACCCUUCUGGAAGCGCAGUGGAAACUGAGGGAAAACGUGUACGUCAUAGAAUCAGAGUGGAAUGAUGAGACACCAGCUAAAAGAGUGGAGCUCACCUGUAACACAACUGAUGAAGCACUGUCAGUUUACUGGAAAAAGGGCACCGAACUGAAAGGAACUGGAAAGACUCUGGUUGCCGAAGUGAAAGAGUUCCCAGAUGCUGGCAACUACACCUGUCUGACAGCCAAUACCCAUGAAAUUGUCAGCUAUGAUUUCUUCCUCAUAACUAAAAUAGACUCCAAUGGGCAAAUGAUCAGGUCAAUUCUGAAAAGCUUUAAAGAGCCAAACAAGACAUUUUUAAAAUGUGAGGCAAAGAACUACUCUGGAAUUUUCAAGUGUUCAUGGAUGACAGAAAAUGAGAGUCCAAAUGUGAAGUUCACAAUCAGAGGUCUAAAAGGCUCUGAAGGAGACGUAACCUGCAGCAACCCUGUAGCUCACACUGAUGAGUCAGUGACUGAAUAUACAGCCCAGUGCCAGAAAGAAAACUACUGUCCAUUUGCUGAAGAGCACCAGCCAAUUGAGAUGUUCCUGGAGGUCAUUGAUGAGGUGGAAUAUGAGAACUACACUAGCAGCUUCUUCAUCAGAGAUAUCAUAAGACCCGACCCACCCCAAUGUCAGUAUGUGGCCACAAAUAGAACAGUGACCUGGACAUAUCCCAGAACAUGGAGCACACCAAAGUCCUACUUCCCUUUGACCUUCAGGAUCAAAGUUGAAAGUACAAAGAAACGCAACAACCAGAUCUAUGAUGCUGAUGAGCAGUCCAUUCAGAUUACAAUGCCUGGGCCAAAAGACAAGAUCUCUGUGCAGGCCAGGGAUCGCUAUUACAACUCAGCCUGGAGUGAGUGGUCUUCACUUUGCAGGUAAGACUUAAAGAGCCUUCAACUG